AUGAAGGGCGCUAGCGGUGUUGCGCUCGCCCUGGCCAUGUGCUCCGUCGGUGUAUCGGGGUUUUACUUCCAAAUCGACUACAAUGACGAGCGCUGCUUCUACGAGAGCGUCCCCUACAUGGCGAUGCUCAGCGUCAACUACGACCUGCUCAAUCCGGAAGCGCGAUCGUGCAUCGUGAGGAUAUCCGACGAGGAGCGAAAGGUGCUGCAGAGCACUAACCUCAAGGACAUGCCAGCCAAAGGUAAUGAGCACACAUCUCCUGCUCACAGCGGUAUAGGGCGUGUAACCUACGUUGCCAAGGUCGAGGGAACCUACCACGUAUGCAUUGAAUGCCCCGGGCAGAUGUGGUACGUGUCACACAUGGCCAAGAUUGGGCUCUCCACGGAAAUUGCCGACGGAAACGACAAGUACGGCCGCCAUAUGCAGUACGAUGUCGACAAGGAGACGACGGCAAAGAAGGACGAGAUCAAGGAGCUGUCGGAGGAUCUCAGCAAAUUCGCAGCCAACAUCAUGAACAUCAAGAGCCACCAGCGCAUGGAGAGCGCCACCGUGAAGGAGCUGCACGACACUUACAAGGGCAUGUACAACUACAUCCUCUACUUCUACAUCCUGCAGUUCAUCAUCAUCGGAGCAACCGCCGGGUUCUCGGUGUACCACAUCACCAAGUUCUUCAAGGCGUACAGAAUUGUUUAA